CCUUCCAGCCCUCCCUCGUGCCCUUCCACUUCCGCACGGCAGCCUUCCUUCCCUCCCAUGGCCUGGGAGGGUUGCGGAGCCAGAAGAGAGACGUAAGAGAGGGAAGAAAAAAACCCAGCCCAAGAGCCACCUGGCCAAGCGAGGGAACGCGAGUCCCUGGCCAACACAGGGAUUAAAGACACACAGGAGUCUUCAUGGAUAUAGUUGAUACAUUUAACCAUUUAAUUCCUACUGAACACUUAGAUGAUGCCCUAUUUCUAGGAUCCAACCUGGAGAAUGAAGUCUGUGAGGAUUUUAGUACAAGUCAAAAUGUCUUAGAGGAUUCGCUGAAGAACAUGCUCAGUGAUAAGGACCCUAUGCUAGGAUCUGCAAGUGCUCAGUUCUGUUUGCCUGUUUUGGAUAGCACUGAUCCCAAUUUCCAGAUGCCUUGUUCAACAGCUGUUGGACUUGAUGAUAUUAUGGAUGACAGAGUUAAGGAAACUGCCCACAGUACCAUUGAUGAAGGUGAUCAUUCAUCCAACAGGACAUUGAGGGACCAAAUGGAUGGAACUUCAACCAAAUCACCAAGAAAGUCUCCACGUUUAAUGACACAAGAACCAAUACGAAGUCUCCGGCAGAGCACACUAGCCAAACGUUCAAAUGCUUCGCCUUCUGUUACCACGAAGAAAUCUUCGGUAAAAUCUGGACCUGCUCAGAAGGGAGGACUGAAACAACAUGAUAAAGGACAGGCUAAACAGGAUAAUAAUAAUGCUCAAGAGCAUUUAAAAAAGACUGAGCUGAGCAGUAACGACAGUUCCCAGUUAGAAGAAACAAAAGAAAUAACACCAUCAUCUUCAGGCAAUUCAGAAUGGGUUGCAUCUUGUGCAAAAUCAGAAAGUGCAGAAGCAAAUAACAAACAUGAAAUUCCCAGUCAGGCAAAAAUAAAAGUAUCUCAUGAAAUAGGAAGCUCUUUUCAUUUGCCAGAUUCUGUUAUCUUAUGUAAAGAAAUAGAAAAUGGGGCAAAGGCUGUUACAGAAAAUUAUGGUGCUAUUGUUGGAACAGAGUCGGCAUCGUCUGCUUUUGUGGAGGCUGAUAAAGUUCCAAAUAACAAUAUCAUUAAAAAUGAAGGUGUUGAAGUUAAUAAAUACACUUCUGAAAUAUCUUCAGCAGAAAUGACAAAACAUAAGACUGAGGAAGAACAGAAUACAACUGAGAUAGAAGAUCAAAGCAAGGAAGCCAGGAUGAGUGGUAGUCUGCUUAUUUCCAAAACCUGUGAAAAUUCAAGUGAAAUUCAGGAAAAUCUUAUAGUUCAGUCUAAUUUUGUAGAUGCAAAGGCUGAAUGCAACUUAGGUUUAAAGGCUAGUGGUGACAUUGCUCAUAAUACUAGCUUGCAAAAAGAAGACAAGCAAGAAUGUUUAGAUAACCUGAAAAAGGCUGAUUUGAAAGAUGAUCUUGCUUUAAAUAGCAUGGAAUUUGAACAGACUGAUUUAAAAGAUGACGGUACACCUUCUAUCAAAUUAGAAGCAAAUACCUUGGAAGGCAGUAGUAUUCAAGACAUUCCAACCCAAGCAGUAUAUCAAGAGGCUGAAAGUGUAAAGAUGGGAGAGCUUGAGAUUUCAGGGUUGCAGGAAGAUGGGCAUUCUAGUGUUCCAUCAAAAUAUAUAAAAAAGACAAAGCUCAAACAUAUCAAGACCAAGCAUAAUAAAACUAUAGCUACUGUAGACCAAGACACACACAGUAAAAUUCAAGUUCUUCCAGGUGUUCGCAGUCAGUCUUCAGUAAGUCUGAAACGUCACAUAGAGGAGCAAGGAAAUAUUCAGCAUUGUCAGAAAACAGUUAAAGUUAAGAAACAACAUUCAGAUAAAGAUGUGAAAUCCCAGAGCUGUGACUCUGGAAUACCUUUUAAGAGGCAAAUCCAUGAGGUAGGAAAAAAUAUUCCCCGGAGUCAAAUCCCAGCUCAGGUACGGAAGGUGAUGACAGAAAGAUUGAGUGACAGGUCCAUCAGCCAUCAUGCUGGUUCAAAAGAAGGUUCACAUUUAAUGUUGGGAACAGUUAAUUCUAAACAAGGGCAGUUGCCACAACACAGUCAGAAGCAGUCACAGAAACAUCAGCUUAAAACAAAUAAUUGUAUUAAGGAAGAAGGAGGAAAAAAAGAUUCCGUGGGAUUACUUGUGGAUUAUUUAAAAGAUGAUGAAAAAGAGAAACUGAAACUUAGAAAGUUAGAAAAGAACCUUCAGCCUCGACAAAGAAGAAGCAGUAAAAGUCUCUCGGUUGAUGAGCCACCACUGUUCAUUCCAGAUAAUAUUUCUACUAUAAAACGAGAGAGCUCAGAACUCAUAUCUCCCAGUGAAAGCAAAAGUGUCUGGGUACCUAGUAAGCAGUGUGGGUUUUGCAGAAAGCCACAUGGCAACAGGUUCAUGGUAGGCUGUGGUAGAUGUGAUGACUGGUUUCAUGGUGAUUGUGUUGGAUUGAGUUUGUCCCAAGCACAGCAAAUGGGAGAAGAAGACAAAGAAUAUGUUUGUAUCAAAUGCUGUGCUGAGGAAGACAAGAAACCAGAUUCAUUUGAUCAGAAUAUGCUAGAUGCCAAUGUGAAACUUGAAGCAGCUAGAGAAAGUAGAGCAAUGGAGUAUGAGAAACCUGGAAUGUCAAAGCAAAGUUUCAUGGGCCCUCAAAAUAAGACCCCAAAGCAAGGAGAAGACUCUGUGAAGCACAAGGUCAAAAUUUUUAAGCGGGAAUCUAGUGAAGGAAAAUCAGUAUUGGAAUGCAAAGAUUCUGAAAGUAAAAAGGGGCAGCACAUUUCUCUUAAGAAAAUGGGGCAGAUGGUUCCAGUUCCUCGACGAUCUUUUGAAGACAAAUAUGAAAAAUUGAAUAAAGAUAACCUUACUGUUUCUUGUUCAAGUGAAAGCACAACAAAGCAAGGUAUCCAGGAUAAACAGGAAAUCAAGAAAAAGAGAACUGAGAAGGGAACAGCAAGCAAUGUACACUCACCGCCUGCUUCUGCAACCAAACCUUCUGCUGAUCAGAUAAGACAAAGCGUUAAGCAGUCACUUAAAGAAAUUCUAGAGAAAAGGCUGGCAGACUCAACACUGAAGAUCCCUGAAGAAAGAGCAGCAAAAGUUGCAACUAAAAUUGAAAAAGAGCUCUUUUCCUUUUUCCGGGAUACUGAUUCCAAGUAUAAAAAUAAGUACAGAAGCUUGAUAUUUAAUCUGAAAGAUCCAAAAAAUAAAAUACUUUUUAAAAGAGUAUUAAAAGGUGAAGUUACUCCAGACCAUCUCAUAAGAAUGAGCCCUGAAGAACUAGCUUCCAAAGAACUAGCUGCAUGGAGGAAAAGAGAAAAUAGACAUACAAUUGAAAUGAUUGAAAAAGAGCAGAGGGAAGUUGAAAGGCGGCCAAUCACAAAAAUUACUCAUAAAGGAGAAAUAGAAAUUGAAAGUGAAGCUCCAGUUAAAGAGCCAGAAGCAGCUAUUAUGGAAAUUCAGGAACCUACUCCAGUUAAGAUUAUAGAAAAGAUGGAGGAAACUGAAAAAGUUAAAGAAGCUGAUGAAUCUGCCAGUUCUGAUACAACAAAUCAACAUAAAAACCACCUAUUUGAUCUUAAUUGUAAAAUUUGCACAGGUCGAAUGGCACCACCCAGUGAUGAUCUUUCUGGGAAAAAAGUAAAAGUAUCAGUUGGAGUUGCUCGUAAGCCAUCAGACAAUGAAGCUGAAAAUAUAGCAGAUGCGCUUACUUCAACAACAAACAUCUUAGCUUUGGAAUUAUUAGAAGAAGAUAAAGAGUUGUCAAAUCCAGCAUUUGCCUCCACUUCAAGCUCUAGAUCAGAAACACCUGGUACUGUUGAAAGUGAAACAUUAUUUCUAGCUCGUCUGAAUUUCAUUUGGAAAGGCUUUAUCAAUAUGCCAUCUGUUGCAAAGUUUGUUAUCAAGGCUUACCCAAUCUCUGGCUCUUUUGAAAGUUUAACAGAGGAUUUGCCAGAUAGCAUCCAAGUAGGUGGUAGGAUAUCACCUCAGACUGUUUGGGAAUAUGUUGAAAAAAUAAAAGCUUCAGGCACAAAGGAAAUCUGUGUGGUUCGUUUUACUCCUGUGACAGAAGAGGAUCAGAUUUCAUACACUUUGCUUUUUGCAUACUUCAGCAGCAGAAAGCGUUAUGGUGUGGCGGCUAAUAAUAUGAAGCAAAUCAAGGAUUUAUAUAUUAUCCCUUUAGGUGCUUCUGAUAAAAUUCCACAUCAGUUGGUACCUUUUGAUGGUCCUGGAAUUGAAGUCCAUCGACCCAACUUGCUGCUGGGAUUGAUAAUUCGCCAGAAGCUAAAAAGGCAGAUUAGUGCUGUGGCUAAUUCAGCCAUGACCCCUGCUGAAGAAGGUCCUGAAAAUUUGCAACCAGAAAAAAAAAGUAAACUGAACAAAUCAGAAGCCCUUCAUUCUGAGUCUGUUGAAAGAGAAGAAGAAAAUGAUUUCUUUAAUUCAUUCACAGCAGUGCUGCACAAACAAAGGAUCAAAUCACAACAGUGUAACACGGAAGAAGUAACAGUGAAUGAACCUGCUGUGGAGAGCAUCAAACUUGAACCACCCAAGCCUCUACGGUUUCUUCCUGGGGUUUUGGUUGGAUGGGAAAAUCAGUCAUCUGCUCUUGAGCUAGCAAGUAAGCCUCUGCCAGUAGAUGACAUUCUUCAAAGUCUUUUGGAUACCACAGGGCAGAUGCCUGAACACAUCCAACCAGCAGUCGACAAGUUGGUUAAGGAAGAUCUGCCUUUAUUAGAGAAACAGACAAAUAUAAAAGAAGAAAAAAUGGACAUUCCAUUGAGUGUUGAAGAUAUGAAGCAUAAAAAGGACAAUGCAAAAGAAUCCAUCAACAAUAUCUCAGCAGUGGAUAUACCAGUAGCAGAUUUCUCAUGCUCUUCAGGAACUCUUACAAGCCUAAGUCUUAAGGAGAAACCACCAGAUGUUUCUACUGAAGUAUUUUUAACAAACUUAACUGUUCUGUCACAGAGUAAGGAAACCCAAGAAACUUCAGAAAACAGUUUAAAGUUGGGUGAUACAGAUAAUGUUCCUCAGGAAAAUAAAAGGACCAUAGAUUUUCCUGUCCCUUCAAGCACUGGAAAAGGAGUUGGGAGCAAUAAUGUUGGAACAGCAUCUGUUGAUACUAUGACCAUUCAUAGUUCAAAAUCUCCACAGUUCAUUAAUCUUAAGAGAGAUCCAAGGCAAGCAGCUGGACGAGGCCAACAGAACAAUAGUUCAGAAAGCGAAGGCGAUAGUAUUAGAAGUGAAGAUAUGCAACAACUUGAUACUUUAGAAUCUGAACGGUCAAAAAUAGAUAGCAAGCAGACUUCAGAAAGUGAAUUAGCCUCAGAUCAGAGUGAUAGUCAAGUAUGCAAGACGACAUUGGUUUCAAACGCACCUAAAGGAGAUAGCACAUGUACCUCACAGCUUGAUGAAGCCUUGAUGCAAAACAUUGAGACAGUACAUUCUGUGAGAGGAUUAUUGCCACCGCCACCACCACCACCACCCUCCUCUUCCUCUUCCUCUUCUUCCUCCUCCUCUUCUUCUUCAUCAUCAUCAUCAUCUCAGUUUGAAACAGAAAAUACAUGUCAUCAGUCUGACUUCAGUACCAAAUUACCUGUUGCAAGUGGAAAUUUCUCACCAAUUAGGACUCCUCAACCCAAUUUUCCCCCCACUAAAACAACCCCACCUAGUUUUCAGUUUCAAGGGGCUAUUGCCCCUAAUUUCCCCCCACAAAACAAUCCUGUAUUUGGGUUUCCCCAUCAUCUACCCCCUCCACUCCUUCCACCUCCCGGCUUUGGCUUUGCUCAAAAUCCUCUCAUACCUUGGCCCCCUGUGCUUCACCUGUCAGGUCAGCUCCCCCACUUUGUUGGACCAGUUACACCAGCCCCACCCCUAGCUCAGAAACAGUCAAGAUUCUCAGGGCCUGAACACUUUUAUCAGAAUAGAAACACUAGGAGACCCGAAAGGCGUCACAGUGACCCAUGGGGCCGGCAGGGACCUCAUGUGGAGAGGGCCUUUAGUAGGCGGAAAAACGAUCAACACAGGCAAAGAUUUUAUAGUGAAUCUCACCACCUCAAAAAGGGCAGGCAGGACUGGGAAUCAGAUUCUGAAAGAAGUAGACAUAGAGAUAGAAACUCAGAGAAAGAGAGAGAAAGAAAAAACUGGGAGGAAGGGUAUCGGGACAAAGAGAGGUUGCGGCUUUCACAUAGCGAUAAGGACUCUGAGAGCAAAUCCUCAAGAGAAAGUAGAAAUCCUGAAAAGAAGAAUGUUCCUAAAAGUGAAGAGCGCCUCCAUGAGAAAGAGAAAGAACGAGAAAAAAGUAGGGAGCGACCAAGGGAGCGAGACAAUGAAAAGGGCCGAGAAAAACAUCACAAAGACAGGGACCAGAGCGAUCGGGGGAAGAGCAAAAGGUGAAAGCAAAAAAUGAGAGAGAAAGAAGGCACAGUCUGUCUUCUAGUUCUAAAUGUGUAGAACAUAAUCUGUUUUAAAUAUGUCCUAAAGCUGUCUGUAUAAUAUAUGCUUGGGUAUAAUUGUGCCAUCAAUACUUUCUUUUUAUAUUCAGUGUUUAGUGUUUUGUAGGACUAAGUCUGUUUUGGUACCAGUCUGUGUACCACACAUUCAUUUUCUUUUACAAUCUCUUGACUUAGGAGUAGUGUUGAAUAGUUGAACAUUUUACACUGCUUGUAUAGAAAAAUGACUGAAGGGGUUUCUUUUAAUAUGCAAUAAAAGACACAUACAGAUUCUUUGUCCAAUUGGGCUUCAGUUGAGCUACUUGUAGCCUUUGGUGAUUUGUACUUUAUGUUUGGAGAUGCUCCAGUAAAUAUGAAGAUGGGUUUGUACUGUUAACUAUUACAACACAGCACUCGCUUUGAAAACAAAAGAGAUUGUAACAUGCCCCUAUUCAAAGGCAACAUUCAGCUUGAGCUGAAUGGCAUUGAUGACUUCCAAAAGAAUAACAAAAUGGGCAGGGGGGGAUUCCACCUGUAUUAAUUAUCAGGCAUUUCUGAUACAAUGGAGUGGUUUGUGAGCAGAAACGGUCCAGGUUUUACUAUUUCAGGGCACACAUUUUAGAGAGGUUUUUCCAGCUUCAGCCUUUCAGUCAAUGAUGGGCAAACCCCUGAAAUGAAUGAAACUAAUGAUUUCAUUGGUGUUAGGAUUGGAAAUAAAUAUAUUUUCUACUUCUAAUUAUUGUCAUCUAGGAGAAUUCACAGGAGUUCUCAAGCUUUGCAGUAUAGCAGCUGCCCACUCUGGGCUCACAUAGGCAAAAUGAACAGCAAAACCUAGAACAAGGUUGACAAUGCUCCCACUUCACCUGCAGAGUUUUUUUUUUUAAUGUGACACCCCCCCCCACCUGAUCUCAAUUUGAGAACCUUUGCUUUAAACUAAAAUUAAUACUGAUUUUAGCCAUUUCUCGUGCUUUGAAAACUUGAAUACCUAAGCUUGUACAUGAGACUUGUGUUUUCCUAUUCUUUAUAUUAUAAAAUGUAAAUAUUUUAAGGGGUAUUUUGAUUCUUCAAAUGAUAAAACCUUCUCACAGUUGAUGUUUGUUUGAUUUUAAUAGAUGUGAAGCAAUAGGCUAAACCAGUAUAUCAGAAAAUGUAUAGAUAUGGCUUGCCUUUACAAUUCAUGACUGGUAAUUUUUAAUAACCCUAAGGUUUUUAAUAAAUAGAUCAGUAAAAUGUGAUUUUUCUGUGGAAGAUUAUAGCAUAUUGGGUUUUUUUUGUUAGAUAUCAUUGCACUAUUCUGUUCAACAUCCUAUUUUGAAAUACUUUAGUAAAAAUUAAGAGCAUUGUGUAUAAAAAGAGAAACCCUUAAUUAAAUCGCCUUACCUAUGAACAUAGAUUUUGCACUUUGGUAUCAGAAGAAACUUUCUCUCAAUAAUAUGUGAUUAAAAUAAAUUUUAGGCUAUUUUAAAAUCCUAUUUAAAUAUAAUAGCCAGUUUGCAAAUCUUGCACAUGGCUUUAUUUAGUCAAAUUAAAAAUGCUAUAUCAUACAUUG